AUGCUGAACAUCUGCCCUACAUACCUGACCAGCAUCUUCUUCGCCAUCACCGCUACAUCCCCCGUCAACACGCCCACAAGAGAUACCAUCGUAGUCCAAGUAAUUCCAGCCACUGGCGGAGGAUUCAGCGGCAGUAACGCCGACCUACACACCUUCACCGAUCCAAACUCCCCUUUCUGCGAUGGCAAAGUAGGCCGGCCCGGCGGCGUCUACAUCUGCCCCGGUCCAAACUUCACGCCUUCUGCAACUCAAACAUGCAAGUGGUGGCCACCUCCUGCUGCUGCUGACGAAACGGUCUGCAUUUCUUACCAAAAGGAGAUCGGUCUUGCUCUAAGCCGUCCUCAGUCCAUCGGACCUGACCCGGGUGGCUACUGCCUUCUAUACCAGGAACCGGAUUGUAAGAAUGGGGCACAAGCUCAUAUCAUAACUAAUGGACAAACGUACAAGUAA